GGGCAUCUGAAUCCGUAAGCCAUGGGAUUCCUCCACCAGCUGCACCUCCUGCUCUGGAAGAACGUCACCCUGAAGCGGAGAAGCCCCUGGGUGCUGGCGUUUGAAAUCUUCAUCCCCCUCGUCCUGUUCUUCAUCCUCCUUGGCCUGCGGCAGAAGAAGCCGACGAUUCAUGUGAAGGAAGCUUUCUACACAGCCGCCCCGUUGACCUCGGCUGGGAUUUUACCUGUUAUGCAGUCUCUGUGCCCCGACGGUCAACGGGAUGAGUUUGGCUUCCUGCAGUACACUAAUUCCACUGUCACGCAGCUGUUGGAGAGGAUAAACGAGGUGGUGGAGGAGAGUAACCUGUUUGACACAGACAGACCCGGGUUGGAAGAGGAGCUCGAGUCCCUCAAACAUCACUUGGAGUCUCUGAGCAGUGACCCCAGUUCCCUGGAGAACCAUUUCCACAGCCGGCCAGGUUUCCGUCUGGACUCCGUCGUGAGGAACAGGACGGCUUUCCGUACGUUUCUCAGCCAAAACCUCUCGCUGCCGAGUGACGUCGUGGACUUUCUGGGCAAUUCUAACAUCAAUCCCCAGGAGGUUUACCAUCUGUUUUUCAGCUCUCCGUAUUUAUCUCCUGAAGACCUACCCGAGAGAAGUCCUUGGGAAGCCGCCACCAGCGCCGGUGAACAAAUCCUCAAUCUUCACGGGAACAUCCUGGGCAAAUGGAAGUCGCUACGCGAAGGGCUGAUUCACAAGGCUCUGAAGGAUCCGUUGAAAUCUAAACACGGACUGGCCCUUCGACUCCUGACGCUAGCUCUUGGCCUUGCUGUCCCCAAUUCGCCGGCCGACAGCUAUGACCCUCAGGCGGUGGUGAAGGAACUAGAGGAUGUUCUCUUUACGCCCUCGGCCCUGGAAGCCCUGACCUGCGAAGGGAGUUUGGACGAGCUGGGAAGCGUUCUUCGGGUCUCCGAGCUGACGCGCCCUCUUCUCGCCUCCUACCAGAGCAUCGUUUGCAAUGGGAGCCGACAGCUGCGCAUGGAGCGCUUUCAGGAGCUUGCUGAGGAGCUAAAGGACCAAGUGGAUGUUUCCAAAACCGUCAGCCAACUUCGUCUGGACGAGGUGAACGCCACGGCAACUCAACGUCGGCUGCGCGUCCUGCUGGAGGACCUGCUGGAAGUUCAAAAGAUCUUGAAGGACGUAGACAUCCUUUCGGCUCUGGCAAAACUGCUACCCAAGGGUGCGUGCGCGAGCAAAUCCCCUCCAACCCCUGGUAACGCCACCAGCUGGGGCAGCAACUCCACCGCAGGCUCCAACUUCACCGCAGAUGGAGAAGAGACCAAGAAUCCGGAUGGAGAUGCAGAAAACCCUCAGAGCCAGUUUUCAGCUUUCGUCCAGCUCUGGGCAGGACUCCAGCCCAUCCUCUGCGGCAUCAACCGGACCAUUGAACCAGAGGCACUCAAACAAGGGAACAUGAGCUCGCUGGGAUUUACAAGCAAAGAACAAAGAAACUUGGGGCUUCUUGUCCAUCUCAUGACCAGCAACCCCAAAAUCCUCUACUCUCCAGUGGGUACCGAGGUGGACAAGGUGAUCCGGAAGGCGAAUGAGACCUUUGCGUUUGUGGGGAACGUGACCCAAUAUGCCUGGAUGUGGAUGAACAUUUCCACCGAGAUCCGCGGUUUGCUGGAAGAUGGGAUCUUGCAACAGCGUAUCCAGUGGUUACAGCAGUUUACGAAUGACCUUCAGAAACACCCAGAGCUGCUGAACGGCACCGACAGCGACCUCCUGCAACGGGUAAUCGGCGCGAACUUCUCCAUGCCAAAUGCCAGCACUUUGCUGCAGCAGCUAGACACCAUCGACAAUGCGGCCUGCGGGUGGACACAGUUCAUGUCCAAGGUGAGCGUGGACAUUUUUAAAGGCUUUCCGAACGAGGACAGUAUUGUGAACUACACCCUGAAUCAGGCUUAUCAUGAUAACGUCACGGUGUUUGCAAGUGUCAUCUUCCAGACUCGGCCAGACGGCUCGCUUCCCCCUCACGUCAUGUACAAGAUAAGACAAAACUCCAGCUUCACAGAAAAAACCAACGAAAUCCGCCGGGCAUAUUGGCGUCCCGGGCCAAACACCGGCGGGCGCUUUUAUUUCCUGUACGGCUUCGUGUGGAUACAAGACAUGAUGGAUCGAGCCAUCAUCAAUAACUUCGUGGGACACGAUGUUGUGGAACCGGGGAACUACGUGCAGAUGUUUCCAUACCCCUGUUACACACGUGAUGACUUUCUGUUUGUGAUCGAACAUAUGAUGCCACUGUGCAUGGUCAUCUCCUGGGUAUAUUCUGUGGCCAUGAUGAUCCAGCAUAUUGUGGCGGAGAAGGAGCAUCGUCUGAAAGAGGUGAUGAAGAUGAUGGGUCUGAAUAAUGCAGUACACUGGGUGGCGUGGUUCAUCACGGGGUUCGUCCAGCUUUCCAUCUCCGUCACGGCCCUGACCGGCAUUCUGAAGUAUGGCCAGGUCCUCAUGCACAGCAAUGUCUUUAUAAUCUGGCUCUUCCUCUCCAUCUACGCAGUGGCGACCAUCAUGUUCUGUUUCCUGGUCUCGGUGCUAUACUCCAAAGCCAAACUGGCUUCUGCGUGUGGUGGCAUCAUCUAUUUCCUGAGCUACGUGCCGUACAUGUAUGUAGCCAUCAGGGAAGAGGUGGCCCAUGACAAAAUCACAGCCUUCGAAAAGUGCAUCGCUUCCCUCAUGUCUACUACAGCCUUCGGCCUUGGCUCCAAGUACUUUGCCCUGUACGAGGUGGCCGGGGUCGGGAUUCAGUGGCAUACGUUUAGCCAGUCACCGGUGGAAGGAGAUGACUUUAACCUCAUGCUGUCCAUGAUGAUGUUGAUCAUCGAUGCGGUUGUGUAUGGAGUCCUGACCUGGUAUAUUGAGGCUGUUCACCCAGGCAUGUAUGGCCUCCCACGUCCCUGGUACUUCCCUUUCCAGAGAUCGUACUGGCUUGGAAAUGGUCGUAUUGAGUCAUGGGAAUGGUCGUGGCCCUGGUCACGGCCACCUAGGUUAAGCAUCAUGGAAGAAGACCAAGCCUGCGCCAUGGAGACCCACCGUAUGGAGGAGACUCGAGGCAUCGAAGAGGAACCCAAUCACCUACCGCUGGUUGUCUGCAUAGACAAACUGACCAAAAUCUACAAGACUGGCAUGAAGCUGGCUCUGAACAAACUGAGCCUCAAUCUUCACGAAAACCAGGUGGUUUCUUUUUUGGGACAUAACGGAGCUGGCAAAACCACCACCAUGUCCAUCCUGACCGGCCUCUUUCCCCCGACCUCGGGCUCGGCAACCAUUUAUGGGCACGAUAUCCGCACGGAGAUGAACGAGAUCCGGAAAAGUUUGGGGAUGUGUCCUCAGCACAAUGUGCUCUUCGACAAGCUGACGGUGGAGGAACACCUGUGGUUGUACUCCCGCCUGAAAGGAAUGGCUGAAGAGGAGAUCCGCAAGGAGAUGGACAAAAUGAUCGAGGACUUGGAGCUGUCCAACAAGCGCCACUCUUUAGUCCAAACCCUGUCUGGCGGCAUGAAAAGGAAACUGUCCGUAGCGAUUGCUUUCGUCGGAGGCUCGAAGGCCGUUAUCCUGGACGAGCCGACGGCCGGAGUCGAUCCUUACGCGAGGAGAGCUAUAUGGGACCUUAUCCUAAAAUACAAGCAAGGCCGGACAAUCCUCCUUUCCACGCAUCACAUGGACGAGGCCGACCUCCUCGGAGACCGAAUCGCCAUCAUUUCCCACGGGAAGCUGAAGUGCUGCGGGUCUCCGCUGUUUCUGAAGAGCACGUACGGAGACGGGUACAAACUGACCGUGGUGAAAAAACAGAGAGGCCCAGAUGCUGGAAACACCCCCGGCUCCAACGUCAGCCCCUGCUCCGAGCCCAGAGUCUCCCAGUUUAUUAAGAAAUACGUGGCCUCGUGUCUGCUGGUUUCCGACACAAACACGGAGUUGUCGUACAUUCUUCCCAGCGAGUCCGUCAGAAAGGGAUGCUUCGAGCGUCUGUUCCAGCAUUUGGAGCAGAGCCUGAGUGAUCUACAACUGACCAGCUUUGGACUGAUGGACACCACCUUGGAAGAGGUUUUCCUUAAGGUCUCAGAAGAAGACCAGUCUCUUGAGAACAGCGACGCAGACGUGAAGGAGUCCAAGAAAGACUCCCUGAGACCUCUAAUCCAGCCCGAGACGGGAGAAGAGUCCACACCGGGCGCCGACUCGCUAGACAAGCCAGAUGUGGAACUCAACAACUUUGCGUCAGGAAACCGGCUUGGCCACUCGCCAAGCUCCCUGCGUUCCGGCUCGUCAUCCUCUGUCGGCUCUAUACGGGGGGAAGAAGGUGGAGCGUACGCCGAGUUCUACGGGGACUACUCUCCUCUGUUUGAUAACCCUCAGGACACUGAGAACCUGAGUUUACACGAUACGGAGACGGAGGAGAUGGAGCUGCUGGACGGGCAGGGAAGCUACAAGCUGGAGGGAUCGUGGCUGAAACUGCGCCAGUUCCACGGACUGAUCGUGAAACGCUUCCACUGCGCCAAGAGGAACACCAAAGGGCUCUUCUCGCAAAUCCUGCUCCCAGCAUUCUUUGUCUGCGUCGCGAUGACGGUGGCGCUGUCCGUGCCGGAAAUCGGAGACCUCCCUCCGCUGAUUCUCUCCCCAUCUCAGUAUCACAACUACACUCAACCCCGCGGGAACUUUGUGCCGUACGCCAACGAGGAACGUCGGGAAUACAUGAUCAAGCAAUCUCCGGAUGCUGGACCGCAAGCUCUUGUGAAAACCUUUUACAUGCCGUCGGGAAUCGGAGCCACCUGUGUCCUGAAGACGGCGUUUAACAGCACUUUGGACCAGCUGGUGCAGUCCCUAAACCUCAACAGCAACGAGUCCAAGAUGCUGGCGGCCCAGUUCUUCGACGCCAUGUGCGUGGAUUCUUUCACCCAGGGCUUGCCCCUCUCUAACUUCGUGCCGCCUCCGCCAUCCCCGGCCCCUUCCGAUUACCCGCCGGACGAGGACUUCUCCCACUUCUGGAAUUCCACCACCUACCCACCAACCCCCGUCCAAGCAGAAGCCAUCACCACCACCCCAUCGGUGCCACGUCGGAUCCACGAGCCUGUGAGGUGCACCUGCUCCAUGCAAGGAACUGGCUUUUCCUGCCCCAGCGGGGUCGGUGGUCACCCCCCGCAGAUGAAGGUGGUGACAGGAGAUAUUAUGGUGGACAUUACCGGCCGUAACGUGUCCGAGUACCUGCUGUACACGUCGGACCGUUUCCGGCUUCACAGGUAUGGAGCGCUAACCUUUGGAAAUAUACAAAAAAGCAUCCCAGCAUCCUUUGGGGUUAAGGCUCCCCCCAUGCUGAGGAAGAUUGCGGUCAGACACACUGCGCAGGCUUUCUACAACAACAAAGGUUAUCACAGCAUGCCGACCUACCUCAACGCGCUGAAUAACGCCAUCCUCCGAGCCAACCUGAAAAAGAGUCGGGGGAACCCGGCAGCCUACGGCAUCACAGUCACCAACCACCCAAUGAACAAGACCAGCGCUAGCCUGUCCCUGGACUACCUCUUGCAAGGCACAGAUGUGGUGAUUGCCAUAUUCAUCAUCGUGGCGAUGUCCUUCGUCCCCGCCAGUUUCGUGGUGUUCCUGGUGGCGGAGAAAUCCACCAAAGCCAAGCACCUCCAGUUUGUCAGCGGCUGCAAUCCCGUUAUCUACUGGCUGGCCAAUUACGUGUGGGAUAUGUUGAAUUACCUGGUUCCGGCGACCUGCUGCAUCAUUAUCCUCUUCGUGUUCGAUCUCCCUGCGUACACGUCCCCGACCAACUUCCCGGCCGUCCUGUCGCUCUUCCUGCUGUACGGCUGGUCCAUCACUCCUAUUAUGUAUCCGGCUUCUUUCUGGUUCGAGGUACCGAGUACGGCCUACGUCUUCCUCAUCGUCAUCAAUCUGUUCAUUGGGAUAACGGCCACCGUGGCUACGUUCCUACUGCAGCUGUUUGAACACGACAAGGACCUGAAGUUGGUGAACAGUUACUUGAAGAGCUGCUUCCUCAUCUUCCCCAACUACAACCUGGGACACGGACUCAUGGAGAUGGCCUACAACGAGUACAUCAACGAAUACUACGCCAAGAUCGGUCAGUUCGAUAAGAUGAAAUCUCCGUUUGAGUGGGACAUUGUUACACGUGGCCUGGUUGCUAUGGCGAUAGAAGGAUUUGUGGGAUUCUUCAUCACUAUUAUGUGUCAAUACAACUUCUUGCGCAAGCCACAGCGUCUCCCGAUUUCCAACAAGCCCAUUGAGGAUGACGACAUCGAUGUCGCAAACGAGAGGCAAAGAGUGUUGAGGGGGGGAGCGGAUAAUGACAUGUUAAAGAUUGAUAAUCUAACCAAGGUUUACAAAUCCCGUAAGAUGGGGCGCAUUCUGGCCGUGGACCGCCUGUGUUUGGGAGUUCGGCCCGGCGAGUGCUUCGGACUCCUCGGCGUGAACGGCGCCGGCAAAACGGCCACCUUUAAAAUGCUGACCGGCGACGAGAGCACCACGGGGGGAGAGGCGUUCAUCAACGGGCACAGCAUCUUGAAGGAUCUUCUUCAGGUCCAACAAAGCAUUGGCUACUGCCCUCAGUUUGACGCUUUGUUUGAUGAACUCACGGCCCAGGAGCACCUGGAGCUGUACACGCGGCUUCGGGGGAUCCCCUGGAAGGACGAGGAGAGGGUGGUGAAAUGGGCGCUGGAGAAACUCGAACUCAGCAAAUACGCCGAUAAACCGGCCGGAACCUACAGCGGCGGCAACAAAAGGAAGCUGUCGACCGCCAUCGCGCUGAUCGGCUACCCAUCUUUUAUCUUCCUGGAUGAACCCACCACGGGGAUGGACCCCAAAGCGCGUCGCUUUCUCUGGAACUUAAUUCUUGACAUUAUUAAGACCGGGCGCUCCGUCGUGCUGACGUCGCACAGCAUGGAGGAGUGCGAAGCGCUGUGCACCAGGCUGGUCAUUAUGGUGAACGGACGUUUUAAAUGCUUGGGAAGCACCCAGCAUCUGAAAAACCGGUUUGGCGAUGGGUACAUGAUCACCGUCCGGACCAAAUCCAGCGCGAACGUUAAGGAGGUCGUGCGGUUCUUCAACAGAAACUUCCCAGAAGCUGUACUCAAAGAGAGACACCACACCAAGGUUCAGUACCAGCUGAAGUCAGACCAGGUGUCCUUGGCCCAGGUCUUCAGUAAAAUGGAGCAGGUCUUGGACGUUCUAGGGAUCGAGGAUUAUUCCGUCAGUCAGACCACCUUGGACAACGUGUUUGUAAACUUUGCCAAGAAGCAGAGUGAUAACCUGGAGCAGCAGGAGGGGCUCCCGAGCUGCGCCGCGCCGUCCCCGUUGGAGAGGGUUCUGAAUCUCUUCCGACCCCGCGCCAGGCCGACCGAGCUCCGAGCCCUCGUCGUGGAGGAGCCCGAGGACCUGGAAACAGACGAUGAGGGUCUGAUCAGCUUCGAAGAGGAAAGGGCUCAGUUGGCUUUCAACACGGACACUCUCUGCUGAGACUUUCCCUCGCGCUCUCGGGUGCAGGUCGGCUCCCGGCUCGUUCCGCUCCAUGAACUUUGGUCUCCCAGCCGUGCCGAGCUCCUGAGCGUUGUCCACGUUUGCCCCAUCGAGG